AACAAUGAAGGAAUCAUCACAGUAGUAGCUCAAACCUCCCAAGGAUUUUUCAUAAACUCAAAGCCUAAUCUGUAAUUCCACACACAGUGUGGACAACCCAGCAUCCCUUAAAACCCGGAAAACAUUGAAAAAGAAAAUGGAAAGAAAGGAAUCAGCAUAAACAGUCCCAACUCCCAAAUAUAAAAACCUGUAAGAAAAGCUAAAAACAAGAUCCACCUCGAACACCUCUCCUUCUCUCUCUCCUAUCUUGUCUCCUACUCCUCUCCCCAACGAUAACAGCAGGAGCAGCGGCAGCAGAAGAAGAUCAAUUAAAAGCCAAGCUGUGUAGAAUUCAAGGUUACCCAUUUCAAAUCCAUGAACAGAUUAUAAAACCCAACACCCAAAUAAUGAAAGAAGAAGAACCCAAUUGGUUCUCUCGAUGGGAAGAAGAGCUCCCUUCCCCAGACGAGCUUACGCCCCUUUCUCAAACCCUAAUCACCCCUGACCUUGCUCUUGCCUUCGACAUUCGAAACUCUAAUUCCCCUCAAGCUCCACCCCCUCCACCACCACCUCCUCCCUCUUCUCAACCCCCCUCUGCCGACUUCGACUCGGCCGAGUUAGGGUCCGCCACCGCCGGAGAUGAGCCAGCUCGGACCCUGAAGCGGCCUCGCCUGGUAUGGACACCUCAGCUCCAUAAGCGCUUCGUUGAUGCAGUUGCCCAUCUCGGGAUCAAGAACGCAGUCCCCAAGACGAUAAUGCAGUUGAUGAGUGUUGAUGGGUUGACUCGGGAGAACGUCGCGAGUCACUUGCAGAAGUAUAGGCUUUACCUCAAGCGGAUGCAGGGGCUGUCUGCGGGUAACGGUGCUGGAGGUGGUGCAGCGGGAUUGUCCCCCACUGACUCUGCAACAGAUCAUUUGUUUGCGAGCUCUCCGGUUCCAAGACAGCUCUUGCAUCCCGGCCCUCCGGGAUCAGAUCACUUCUUGCCGUUCGUGCCCGUAACGGCGUUUCCGCAGCAUCACCAGCAACAGAUGGCAGCGGCAGCUUUAGCGGUGCAGCAGCAGCAAUUUCAUCAGAGGCAGAUGGGGCAUUUUGGGUCGCCGCCGGGAGGGCAAUUCGAUCACGGGUUUUUUUCGCGGCCGGCUGUGAAUAGGAUGGGUGCGGCAAUGCCAGCGCAACCGCCAGCGUAUGUAGAGGAUUUGGAGUCUGCAACAGGUGGAGGCGGUGGAAGGAAGGUUCUUACUCUGUUUCCUACUGGGGAUGAUUGAAGGCCGUUGAUGGUGGUAGAGGAUGCAGUACAGAUUUAAGAAUGCUUUGGAGUGGGUUGGUGUCCAUGUCAUAAUCAUAAGCUACUAAGUUUCAGGGAAGUUCUAUCGUAACUUGUGUGUAAUCUCAUUCUAAAACCUUGGUUUUAAUUUCUUAUUGGUAGAGGAGAGGGAUUUGAACCAUGGCAUUCUUUCUAGUUGUUGUAAAUUGUGUGAUUAGGAGACCCCCUAUACUAGGGGGAACUUUUCAGGAAAUUCUGAUGCUAUUUCAAUUUCAAGUGUAAUUCAGUGCUCUAAGAACAUCAGUUGUAAUGUGAAUUUUCUAAAUUUAUCAGUUUAUUCACUCUC